GGGGUCCUGCCCCCUGCACAGGUCGGCGGACGCGGCGAUUGGUCGACCGCGGCGGCGGCGGCGGCCGUAGGUAUAUACCGCGCGCCGCCACCGAUACCGUAAUGAUAUACCACGCCGGCGACUGCAGCAGUAGUCGGCGGCAGUCACGCACCGCAACAGGAGCGGCGCGCACCGACGACACAGCGAGUGCUGCAGCAGCCGUCCCCGAGUGCAUCGCGCUCUCAAAAUCGUAUAUAUAUAUAUCACGUAUUAUUAUCGUUAUUAAUUCUGCCGACGAUGACGGACUACGCUCAAGCCUCGGCGGCCGACCCGUCGUGGACGUGGUGGAUGACCACGGCCGCGGCGGCCGUCCGCUUGCGCAACCUACAGCAUCAUCACCACCACCAUCAAGGAGACGGCGGCGGGAGCGGAAGCAGCGACGUGGACGACGAAUUCGCGGGGCCCGGCGGCAAGAGGCAGCGGGUCGGCGACGUCUACGGCGGCGGCGGCGCCGGCAAGGACGAGUAUUGGCCUUUUGAACGAAACAACGGACUGUCGCAUCUACGUCAUCGACUAGACGAGCCGGAAGACGCGACUUCGGCGGGCCCGCUGGACUUGUCCGUGAAAGCCACUCUGACGACCACCACCGCCACCACCACCAAUGCCACCAACAGUCCUCGCAAACGGGCGGGAUCCGACGGAUAUCCGGCAGCGGCCAAGACGCCGGAGAAACGGCCGGCCGCGGCGGCGACGACGGCCAAUCGAGCAGGUAAAUCGGCUAAAAAGACUUCGACGGCAGCCGGUGCGGCGGCUUCGACGACGGCGGUGAAAGCGGCAACGCGAAAACUGCUGCCACAGCUCAUGCUCGACCGUCACGUGGACAGGUCGUCGCCCGUGUCCGGUACGAUCAUCGUGCCGGCCGGUUCGGAAGAACCUAUUACGACCGCGGCCGGCCGGAAACGUCCGGCGUCGUACUCUCCGUCGUUGUCGUCGUCGUCGUCGUUGCCGUCACCUCCUCCGUACUCGGCGCCGAUGACCGACUGCGCAGCGGCACAGGACGCCGACGACGAUUACGACGGCGGCGACAUCGACCCCGAGUUUAACGUGGUCGUGGCCACCGACGAGGCUCGUCGUCAGAUCGAGAGCAUCCCGAACGCUCUGGGCCCGUACCGGUGCCGGUUGUGCGGCGUCCGGUACGUCGACGCCUUCGCGCUGGCCCGUCACCGGUGUCGGUGCAUCGUGCACGUCCGGUACACGUGUCCCGAGUGCGACAAGGUGUUUCAGUGUCCGGCCAACUUGGCGUCGCACCGACGGUGGCACGGCACCGGAACCGCCGCGGCGAAAACGGCCGGCGCCGGAAAGCUGCAAAGCAAGAACGGCGACAACAACAACGGCGGCGGCGGCAGCAAACCCGUAAAUGUCGUCGGCGACAUUGCAGCAACCAUCGCGGACGUCAACGACGGCGACGGAACCAACAGCAUAACGACGGCGCCGAUGACUUCCGUCUCGGGAUUCAAAAAGAACAUAUUGCAGCGGGCCGUGCAAGCGGCCGCGGCUGCUGCGGCCGCCGCCUGCAACGACAACAACAACAACGACGGCGGCAACGAUGACAACGAAAAGAACAAGUACAACGAUGACCGUGGUGACAUCGCCAAAUAAGCAGAUGAACGUCGCCGUUAUAUAUAGGUAUACGAUAUUAUAUAAUUACCUAAAUUGUACAUUAUAUUUGGUAUGUAGGUGUAGGUAUGUUUAAUGUUAUUAAUAUUUCUGUAAACACAUUGGUUAUUUUAUACUGUAUUGGUUUAAUUACUCGUACAUCUAAGAACUUUUAAACGUCAUUGACCGUCGUCGAGCUAAACAGCGUACUACACAAAUUAAAAACCGUAAAUUCUAUUUAAAUGAUUUUAGUGCAAUCUGUUUGGAUACAAAUUUCUUUAAAUAUUUCGAUAAAAUAAUAACAAAACAAUCAAAUUCAGUUUUAACUUUAGUUUUGUGUAUUUUUUAUGGGUUCAAAAUUAUACUUUUUGAUACAAUUAUACUAAAUACCUACAUUGAGUAGUCAUAAAACAAUUCUAGUCAGAAAUUCUAACAUAUCUAGUCAUAAAUAAUUUACUAUAUAUUCAUUAAUAAUUAAGUAUAUGAAAUGCGCUGUGUAUGAAAAUAAUUCUAGUCAUACGCGCGUAUACUCAUACAUAAUAUUUAAUAAGCGAUAUAAUAAUAAGCAAAAUUAAUAGCAUAUAAUACUGGAUAUUUCAGCUUAGCGUAAUAUUAACAGUCUAGUCCAAGUUGUAUAUUGUCUAGUCAGCUGUUGUCAUUUUCCACAAAAAUUAACUUAAUUCUUUAUUCUUAACCCCUGUUAUAUGAAAUUAAUGCACCCAUCUUCUAACCCCCCUUUUCCUCUCCCAUCAUAAAUUUAUCUAAACAAUCUGUUUUAUACUUUAAUUAUAUUUUUUUAAUGUACUGUUUUUCUAUUCGUAAUGAACUUAAGCUUAAUAAACUUCCUUAUAGAAAAUAAGUCGUCGCAUGUCACUCGGUGGUGGCGGGCAUUCAAGUCACCACAGCCGUUGCAUUAUUACAAUAACAAAAUACAUAUUAUUCUAUUCGAAUCCGUUACCACCGAGCCGUAUGCGACAGACACUGGGACAUAAUGCGUCAGUAUUAUAUUAAGUAUAUAUAACAACAACAAAAAUAUUGUGUGGGUUGUGUUACAUUGUUAUAUUAUUAUUAUAAGUUUAUAUAUGGUUAACUGUUAUCUAUAUUUCAUAAUUGAUAUAUAUAUAGGCAAGUGUGAUGGUUGUCAGUGAUUGUCAAUAUACGUAUUUAGGGUGUAUAAUAUAUAUAUUCGUAUCGACUAAAUUAUUCAACUGUCAUACUUCACAUUUAAUAUAAGUUUAUUAUAAUAAUAUGUAUAGAGAGUAUAUUUAAAUAUUUAUUCAUUAAUUGUAUAUUGUUAUAAAAAACGCCGUUGUACGGCACGAGUACGUUCUAGUCAUUUGUCCCAAGAUAUUAUAUAUUCAGACCAAUACCUAUAUAAUAUAAUAUAGGUACGUCUUAUAACCUUUUCCUCCCAAAUAAAUUUAUACUAUAUUAUAUUAUAUGUUUUGUAUAUAUUAUUAUCGUAUUUUAAGUAGUAGCAUAAUUAUCUUAUAAAAAUAAACAUCCAUGUCCAAUCGAAUAAUUUUAGUCCGUGUAUAGUUUAGUCAAGUUGAAAUAAAUUCUAGUCAAAAGUAGUCAGUUUAAAUGUAGUGGAAAUGCAAUCUAGUCAAGAGCAUAAAAUAUCUAGUCGAAAAGUAUGAUCUAGUCAAACAUAGUCAAUAAAGUAUACCAAUUAUAGGCAUACAAUAUUACAACACAAUCUAGUCAAAAUAAAAUCUAGUCAAGAGCAUAAAAUAUCUAGUCGAAAAGUAUGAUCUAGUCAAUAAAGUAUACCAAUUAUAGGCAUACUAUAUUACAACACAAUCUAGUCAAAAUAAAAUCUAGUCAAUACAGCAUAAAAUAUCUAGUCGAAAAGUAUGAUCUAGUCAAACAUAGUCAAUAAAGUAUACCUACUAAUAGGCAUACUAUAUUAUAACACAGUCUAGUCAAAAUAUAAAAUCUAGUCAAUAGCAUAAAAUAUAACACAGUCUAGUCAAAAUAAAAUCCAGUCAAACAUUGUGGGUUAGAUAUACAGCUAUAUAGGGGAUAUAAUAAUAUAAGUACUUAUUACUUAUAUACUUUGUAUAUGUAUAGAUAUAUUGGUUAGUCCGAUAAAGAGUUUAAUUAUAUAUAAAUUUAGCUGAACCAUAAUCUAGUCAAAUCAGAAUCUAUAGCUUAUUAGUAAAAAUAUAGUCUAGUCAAGAGGGGUUUGUACUAAAUAGUUGACAGAUCAUAAUAUAGUAUAUAAUAUAUUACAUGAUAUUGUAUAUAGGUACCUAUAGCGGAAUUAUUAACCGAAUCUACUUAUCCCAAGCAAAAUUGUUCACCAAAAUUGAUGACAAAUACUUGUGUGUAAGGGGAUUUUAUAGUUUAACAAACAGUUAACUAAAAUAACUAUUAUAUAUUGUAGUUGUAUAAUUGUAUCAAUUAGUCUAAAUAAAUAGAAGUAUGUAUCAAGACGUGUGUGCUAAAUACAAAAAAAAUAUACGACGGUCAUGAAUGAUAACAAUGUGUAAAAUAAAAUAACCAAAAAUAAUAUCAAUGUGUCUACUUAUAAUCUAUUUUUUAGAGUCUACGAUAGUAUCCUAAUAAUAUUAUGUACAUGUACGUUACGAAUACCGAAUAAUAUUAUGCAUAUGUUAUAUUUAUGUCUAUUACAACAAAAUGUAUUGAUUUCUAUUUAUUGUAAUGUUUUUUUUAUAUUUUAUUAUUAUAAAAAUGUUAAUAUCAUAAUAAUUAUACUUGUAUUAUUUGAUUAUAUAUUAUAUAUUAUGUAUGUGUGUAACAGAAUUUAUAUCGACCAUUUAAACAAAAAAUCGUAUGAAUCGCCUAUAUUAUAAUAGAUAUUAUAAUAUCUCAAUAUCUGUAUCACGAUACAUAUUAUAUUGUAGCAUUUAUUAAUUAAUUUUUAUCCAAUUUUAAAAUCAAUACUUUACUGAAUAAUAUAUUUAUUUUUAUCAUCCUAUAUUAUUUAUAUUUUUCAUUAUAAUUUAUAACACGAAUAAAGAACAAAUUUAUUUUUUUAUAUAAUAAUAUACAUAUUACGAAACCGAAGAGUUUAAGAAUUUUUAUUGAUCAUAAACUUAUAAUUAUUUUCUUAUUAUUAAUUUAUAAUUUUAUCAUAAUCCAAAUAUAUAUAAAAUUUAUUUAUUUUGUAUUAUUAUUAUAUGCUUAUAUUUAAUAUUUAUUUUCAUUUUCAUUUUUAAUUUAAAACACAUUGUUGCAAAUUUUGCAUCAAAUAUUUAUUGUUAAUAUUUUUGCACAAAUUAUAUCAUAUAGAUACGCGUAUAUAUAAACAAAAAUUUUAAAACCACCACUAUUAUUAUUAUU